AUUGGUUUUGAUAAUCCUUGAAUAAGUUACUGAAUUAAAUUUUUUUGUAUAAGAGUAUUUCAACAAGUUCAUGGAAAGUGGAAUUAAAUUUAUUUUGGUACAAAAAUUUUUGAAACCCAUGCAUAUUGGCUCAUCGUGUGCAUUUUUCAAGAACUUUUUUGAAAACCCCCUGUAUAUCUGCUAUAAAUAUGAUGAUUUCUGCAUUUAAGUAUUUUAUACUGAAAAACAAAACCAGAAUAUCACGUAGAAGCCAUUAAAUCUGAGCAGUUGAGAGGUAGUGCCUGGGGAAGGGUGGCAGAAAAAGUGUCUGAAACAGCGAGUCCUCUGCAGCGACCCCUCCGUUGUGCACAUCCCAGGAGCGUCUCGUUCCUGUUGUACCGUCAGUGAACGCUGAGGCCACAUCUGAUUUUCCCGCUGGUUUCCUGUUAGGUUAGAUUCAUCAGUGAACACUUCAUUGCAUGAGAGCAGACUGGAUGUAAGUGGACAGUACUCUCCGGACUGUCUGAAUUACAGUGUGCGCCAUUGUGGUUUAAAGAACGGGCCACUGUGAUGUGUCUAGCAGCAGUCAAAGCUUGCAUUUUUUACCUUAUCAAAGCACAGUGAACUCAGGAAGAAAACCACUUGAAAUGUCCACUUGUGGCGUCAAGAUCUCCUGUCUUCCUCUUUGGGUGACCUAGGCACCGUGGCCCCUGGUUACUUCACAGUGUGCAGCUGGCUCCAGGAUCAGUUACCAGAACGCCCCUGUUAACGGUUCUCACCGUCUCACUCCCUCUGUCACACGAGCUGUUCCAGUCUCCCGGUGCACAGAGUCAUUGCUGAGGGAGACCCCGUCUGUGAUUUCAGGCCUCACCCGGGGGCUUCUGGGUUAAGCUUCGAGUUGGUGGUGGGCUGUGAAAAGCAAGAAGUGAUUUCCAGUGUCUGCUUGGCAGUGAGGUGGCUCCGGGGUUCUGCUGUGAGACUUGAAUCUCCCUUGCGUUGCUUGGGGUUAGCCCUUCCUUCCUAACACAGGGCGCUGGGGAGAAAACCUGAGCUGGCUGGGAGGGUGGAGGGCAGGUAGUCCGUGGGCUCCGGAGCUGGAUGCGUUCUGGAGGGAAACACUGGGACACUGGUUCAGAGCCGCGGAGAAGUGGGGUGAGCUUCGGCAGCCAGGUCAGUUACGGCAUCAGAGGAACACAUCCGUUGACUGUUGACGUCUGCUGUGAUUGGAGUAAGUCAGAGAGUGAAGGACUGUCAGGAUGGCACCUCCGUUGGACUUUGUUGCAUUUAAAAUGUAGUUUGCGGGUCUUUUAGAAAUAGGUUGAAUAAAGUCAUACAUGCACAUAAGAAUACACACGUGUGUGUGUGUACAGAUAGAUAGGGUUGGGCAGAAGGGAUAAUGGAAGUGGGUUUUAGGAUACCAGACUCAUACACCUGCUGCCCCCUGGUGGCAGCGUGUUGAGCAGUGCAGUUCAGAGGUAAGUGGGGGGGGAGGUGGCCUUCCUGAGGGCUGGAGCUGGGAGGCAUGGUCUCCCUGUACCCGUGAUUACCGCCUGUGUUAUUACCUGUGUUUUCUUAGGCAGAUGUUUUAGUGCAGAGCCCAGACUGCACCUUCUCCAGCGUGAAACUCAAUUUCUAAAGCGUUUUGCAGCUUCAGCACCUGUGACGGCGAUGCCAUCGGCGAGUAUGGUAGAAAGGAAGAUGUCGAGUUCUGCUUUCCCGUGGGCAGCUGGAUCAUAAUAGAUCCAGGUGCUCUAUCAGGAAGGAGGUCGUAGCUCGACGCUGGUUCAGCUCCGGCUCAGCCUGCGUACAGGCCUGCCUGCCUGCAGCACAGGCCGUGGCCGUGUAGGAUGACCCUGCUUUGUCAUGAAAAGAUCGAAAGGUCCAUCGAUUGAAACGAUUCUGUUUUUAGUUGUGGAACAAAGCACGCACACGUUUCCGUCGUAAUCAUGUGUAAGUGUGCGGCCAGCGGCGCUCAGUGCCUUUACGCUGUUGAGCAGCCAGCCUCAGAACUCCUCCAGCCGGCACAACUGGAACUCCAGCCCAUCAGACAGCACCCGAUUCCCCGUGCCCCCGCCCCAGAAACUAGCGUUCUGCUUCCUGUCUCCAUGGCCUUGACUGCUGUAGAUACGUUAUGCGAGUGUAACCAUACAGUGAUGGGGGGGGGGCGCUUGUUUCCCUUAGCAUAAUGUUAGCAUGUGGUACAUGUUGUAGCAUGGGUCAGAGCUUCCUUCCUUGAUAAAGCCGAGUGAUUUUCCAUUUCUGUGUAUGCACCUCAUUCUGUUUACCCAUUCAUCCUUUGGUGGAUGGGUACUGGGCUGCUUCCACCUCUCGGCCAUGGUGAGUGAUGCCAUGACCAUGGGUGUGCCACGGUUGCUAACCCGGAAAAGGACUUGCAUGGUUUUUUCCUGUGUGUGCAGGAUUCCAUUGUGAAGGGAACAAGUCGACUGUUCCAGUAACCAGUGUCUGGCUGGUUGUGUGGGUGAGGGUGUUUUCUCAUGGGUUCAUAGAGCCAGUGGCCAGGGCUGGCCGUUUGUAGACUGUGCAAUGACCCAGUGACUUUCAUGUGUGUCGAGUAGCCUGAGCCUUAGCCGGAGCUUGUGAGAUAGGCGAAGGGAGAAUUUCUGUCCCUGAGCCAAGUGCGUCACCCAGGAGCCACACCUAAUCCAGUCCUCUGAUUCCCACUGGUGUGCACAGCCUGUAGAAGCCUGGGCACUGGGGCUGCCUCCAGCACCUUCUCAAGGCAGGGCCACCAGGAAGCAGCGCUUCCCAAACACCUCCUCCUCGUUGCACUCACAUGCGACAGGCACUUGGUGCUCUCACGCGCCUCGCUCCGCACUCCUCAAAGUGCUGGGGUCUCACGGGGCCGAGAAGGAACCUGAGGCACAGAGGUCUGGUCAUCCGCCAAGGUCUCAGGCGAAGGCCCCGCCCCCACUGCGGGCAGGGUGGAGGUGUGGGGGCGUCCUGGGGCCCACGCUGACCAGGUUGUUUAGGUGAGGGGAUGCUUGCAGCAGGGCUGUUCCUCCCGAAGCUGCUGCCCUCCCAGUCUGCAGUUGGCGCUGCCCGGCACAGUGCCAUGGCCCCCUGCUUCCAGUCAGCAGCACCAGCCAGACACCCUCCGUGGCGAGGCCUGGCUCCAGAGUGGGCCAGGAGGGGGGCGGAGAGGCAGGAGGCGGGGCUGGGCUAGGCCUGCACAGUUUGCCACGAAUCAAGGAAUCUUGCUUAGGCCAGCAAGUGAUACGCAGAAAGAAACAUGGAGCAAAGUUCAAGAAGUUUCAUAGGUAGCUGGUGGGGCAGUAAAAGCAGCAAGGGAUCAGAAGUGCUGACCCCAGGAGUUAAAGUGUCCCAAGAAUAUUAAUGUUUAAUGAGGCAUGGGUGAGGGUGGCUGAGCAUCGACCUUGGGCACAGUCGGCCGGCGAGGAGGAGGAGGAACACGUUUCUUCCUGAAGGGUCUGGGUUUGCUCCAAACACAAUCGCAAAGCCGCCUGGCCCAUGGCUCACGUCUUCGUGUACGGCACCCUGAAGCGAGGCCAGCCCAAUCACAAGGUCAUGCUGGACGGCGCGCACGGCUCGGCGGCCUUCUGCGGCCAUGGCCACACGGCCGAGCCCUACCCUUUGGUGAUCGCCGGGGAACACAACGUACCGCGGCUGCUCAACCUCCCGGGCAAGGGGCACCGCGUGGCGGGCGAGAUCUACGCCGUGGACGAGCAGAUGCUGCGCUUCCUGGACGACUUCGAGGACUGCCCGCGCAUGUACCAGCGCACGGUGCUGCGCGUGCAGGUGCUCCAGUGGGAGGGCCGCGAGCCGGCGCCCGCCCCCGCCAGCCUGCAGUGCUUCGUGUACAGCACGGCCACCUACGCGCCCGAGUGGGUCGACCUGCCCUACCUGGACAGUUACGACUCUGAGGGACAGCACGGGCUGCGCUACAACCCCAGGGAAAACAGAUGAGGCUGGGCAGCGGCUCUGCGGCCCCCGGCGGAGCCCUUCCCCCGGGGCCCGAUCUGGGGGCAGAGCCGCGCUCGGGGCCUGCCGCUGCCACACAGCUUGCUGCCGAGGACGUGCGGGCCCGGUGAACUGGGCGGGAAAAUCGGGGUCUUAAUUGCCUUAAGUGGCAGGUGGAGACUCACGGGGGAGCACACCUUUCUUCUGAUUCUUCUCCUUUCAUCUGAAGCCAACAUUGAAAAUGAAGGUGGAGACUGUGUGUGGCCCUCCGCUGUACUGACUCUGGUCUGUAGCGCCAGGGAAAACUGUUGAGAGAAGAACUGGGUUUUGGGUGACUCAUCAGAAUAAAGACCUCCGUGGGCCCCUGCACGGCAGUCUUAGCAGCAGCCUCCGCGUGCUCGUCAGGCUCACGGAGUGUUAGAGAGGUCAUUUAAAAGGAAACUAGGUGUUGGUGUUGGAGCUGAUGCCGCGGCAGGCAUGCGAUGCCGAAGUGAGGACAGCUGCCUCCCGGAUCGGCGGGCCUGGCUGUGAGUCCUGGCUCCUCUCCCAACUCCAGCUUCCUGCUGAUGUGCACCCGGGAGGCAGCAAGUGACGGCUCAAGGAUUUAGGGCCCUGCACCCCACACGGGGGGCCCGGAUUGCGUUCCAGGCUCCUGUGUUUGGCUUGGCGUGUUCCCCCACCCACCCCUCCCCCAGUGCUGUUGACAUCUAGGAAGUAAAGCGGCUGAUGGAAGAUCUGUCUGUCUCUCUCUGACACAACCUCUCAAAUAAAUUCAAAUUUAAAAAAAGGAAGUGUUGAUGCUCUGUGUUCGGGGUGCACGUCCCUGGCAGAAGGUGUUCGCAUUCAAUCUAGUAAAAAAUGACCACCCGCUAUCUGGAGGCGCAGCGGCGCGCCCCAGGCCGCCCGAGGAGCUUCUGUGCCCAGCGGCAGCAGCCGGCCCGGCCCUGCCUCCUGAGGGCGCAGCAGCUGGGGGAGGGCCUCUCGGAGAAGCGCCGACACCUCAGUAAUUUGGUCUUCAGGGCUGACAGAAUGCCGAGCCAAAUACAAACAGCACUUAAAAUAAUGUUAGCAAGGCACAGGGUGCCAAUUACUGCCCACCUCCGUCCGCUCUCCGUCAGCGCGAGCUCCGGUCGGCGCACAGCUCCGCUGCUCACCAGCACGGUGGGAAAUGGAUUCCAAGGACGCCAGGACCGCAAGGAGACGCAGCUGCAGGUCCUCAGUCACCUCCUCCUCCUCAGGGAGGGGAGGGCGCACCCUUCAACUUAAUGGUAGACUGGGAGCGCCCACCGCAUCUGCCACAAAACAGCAGCGGUAUUUUUAGCCUCCUUUUCCUAACUGGGACUCGCUUCACGACAGCUGUGCGUGAGGCAGCCCUGCAGCCCGAUGGGGACGGGACCUGGACAACCUGCUUGUCCUCGGAAGCGUGCGCGGGCGGCACAGCGUCAGGCAGCAAGCCCUGGGUCACCUCCUCCAGGCAGCUCCGGCACGGCACGGGGUCUCGGGUCCGGAGUCGUCAGCGGCAGCAGUCGGGUCCUUGGCUAUGGAGGAAGGGAGAUAAUCAUGAGAUGGCAGAUGUUAGU